GGGCCUCCGGCCCGGCGGGGCGGAGCGGGGCCCGGGGGGGCUGGCGGGGGCUGGAAACUGGCAGAGGAAGAGUCCUGCAGGGAGGACGUGACCCGUGUGUGUCCCAAGCACACCUGGAGCAACAACCUGGCCGUGCUCGAGUGCCUGCAGGACGUGAGGGAGCACAGCAGCCUCCGGGUCCCACCAGCUUCUGCAACCAUCUCCAACCUCGAGCGCACCUUCAUCGCCAUCAAGCCGGACGGUGUGCAGCGUGGUCUGGUGGGCGAGAUCAUCAAACGCUUUGAGCAGAAGGGAUUCCGCCUUGUGGCCAUGAAGUUCCUUCGGGCCUCUGAGGAACACCUGAAGCAGCACUACAAUGACCUGAAGGACCGCCCGUUCUUCCCAGGGCUGGUGAAGUACAUGAACUCGGGGCCGGUGGUGGCCAUGGUCUGGGAGGGGCUGAAUGUGGUGAAGACAAGCCGAGUAAUGCUUGGGGAAACCAAUCCUGCAGAUUCGAAGCCAGGCACCAUUCGUGGAGACUUCAGCAUUCAAGUGGGCAGGAACAUCGUUCACGGCAGUGAUUCGGUCAACAGUGCUGAAAAAGAAAUCAGCUUGUGGUUUAAGCCUGAGGAAUUGGUUGACUACAAGUCUUGUGCUCAUGACUGGGUUUAUGAGUAAGAGGUGACAAAACAGCGGCCCCUUCAGCAAUGCUCCAUGGCUCGGUCCCUGGAUACAGCUUGUCAUUACACUGACUUGACAACAAUAGGAUACAUCAUUAAUUUUGAGAGCAUAUGUACCAGUUUGGAAACUGGUAAAAAUAAAUACAUACAUACAGGCAGGCAGGCUUAUGAAAUGAUACUAUCUGAAACUGUAAUUGAUAAGAAUGUUAUAAAUAAUAUUGAUCGGACCAUGUAAGAAACACACAUUAAAGAUGGUUUAUGAGUGUAUUGCUAGCAAAACUUAAUUAGUUAGGUGUUUGUGAUGCAAAUAUUAAUGGUAACAUUUUCAAGAUACUAUUACUAUUGAUCUUGAAAGAACUUAAUAAAGGAGAACCUACGAGAAGAA